ACCGCCACCACCAGCGCCACUCGAGGCACAAAAUGGCGUCAGGUCGGCCGUUCGAGAAAGUGACAGUGAAUAUUUUGCACGAGGACGGCUCUAGGACGCUGAAAUAUCCUGAUCCGGUCACCCUAAAGCUGGAAUAUGACCCCCAUGGACUCUCCUGCAAAGUUAGACAAGGUGGUAUGUGUAUGUUGGAGAUUCCCAUCGAGUCCAAGUCAGAAUGUUGUCGCCUUGGCACAAAGUCAUACAUCUUCGCCUCAAAUCACGAGGACCUGCUCUUCACCUUUGCCUCGGAAGCUGACUCGAGAAGGUUCCACACAGUUAUCCUGAAGAUGAGGCAAGGCAAGGAGGUGUCUGUGUUCAACGAGAGAACAGACGACUCCAGCGCCACACAAUACUUCCAGUUCUACAGUUACCUGUCACAGCAGCAAAACAUGAUGCAGGACUACAUCAGGACAGGCACAUACCAGCGUGCCAUCCUGUCCAACAUGAGUGACUUCCGGGACAAGAUAGUGCUGGACGUGGGCGCAGGGUCUGGCAUUCUGUCCUUCUUUGCUGCCCAGGCCGGUGCUCGCAAGGUGUAUGCUGUAGAGGCUUCGUCCAUGGCCCAGCACUGUGAGAUGCUGGUGCGCGCCAACAACCUGCAGGACACCAUUCAAGUGAUAGCCGGCAAGAUAGAGGAGAUUGAGCUGCCUGAUAUGGUGGACAUGAUCAUCUCGGAGCCGAUGGGAUACAUGCUGUACAACGAGAGGAUGCUGGAGACUUACCUGCACGCUAAGAAGUGGCUCAACCCUAAUGGUCGUAUGUUCCCCUCCCGCGGCGACCUGCAUGUGGCGCCCUUCAACGACGAGGCGCUCUACUAUGAACAGCUCAACAAGGCUAACUUCUGGUAUCAGAACUGUUUCCAUGGCGUUGACCUGUGCCAGCUGCGGAAGGCCCUCAACGAGUACCUCCGCCAGCCCAUCGUGGACACCUUCGACAUCGGCAUCUGUCUGGCAAAGUCCAUCAGAUACUCCCUGGACUUCAUGACGGCAGAGGAGAAGGAUUUGCAUCAUCUCGUGAUUCCGUUGGAGUUCCACAUUCUCAAGUCGUGUACGAUGCACGGACUUGCUUUCUGGUUUGACGUGGCGUUCCUCGGCUCAUCUCAGACUGUGUGGCUCUCCACCGCCCCGACCGAGCCCCUCACCCACUGGUACCAGGUGCGCUGUCUGCUGGGGAAGCCGAUCUUUGUGAAGGAGGGGCAGCUUGUGACUGGAGUGGUGGAACUGGUGGCCAACAGGAGACAAUCGUACAAUGUUAACUUAGAGGUGAGGAUCGAGGGGACCACUACCGUCGCCACCAACUGCCUGGAUCUCAAGAAUCCUUACUUUCGCUACACCGGUAUAGCACCACAGCCUCCCCCGGGCAACAACACAGUGUCCCCAUCUGAGUCUUACUGGGGCACUGUUGAUGCCCAGGGUGCCAAGCAAGCAGUGAACAUGGUGAACGGCAUAACGGUGAACGGUCUCGGUGAAGUGGCUCUAGACCAAGGCACCUCCCUCAUCAGUCUGGGUCAAAAUACUUUGGCUUUAGGAACCAGCAACCUUGGCUCACUCAAUCUGCCAUUUCAAAGUGCGGUGUCAAGAACUGUGAGUCUUCCAGUCUCCUCUCCAGGGAACUUCGCCAGCACCUCACAGUCCAUCCGACAGCAGGUUGCCGGCAGCAGCGGCGUUGGCAUAGGCAGCAGUAACUUCCCGGUGAACAGUGCGCUGAUGAUUGGUGACUACGUGACUCCUGGUUCCAUCAUCCUACCCACGCAAGGCAUCCAGAUCAACUCCCACUCCAGCCUGGGCAGUGUGGAAUGCACCCAGGAGCAGUGACCCUCGACGGACAGUCUUGCCCUGUGGCGCAGUGUGUUCUGUCCCUGAGCCGUCUCUUCUCCCGCGCUGGUUUCACUCAGGUGACCUGCCAGUCUUUAUUGUCAAAGGCGUCUAUUGGGAACUGUGCUGGAUAAUUCAAUUCUCGCGUCUUGGAUUCUCUGUCUGUCUCUCAGUCUCUCUCUCAGGCAAGCAAAAUGUCACCAUCCACAGGUUUUUGGACGUCCUCUGUGGUUAUUAACAUUUCUGACUGUGCAGGAAGCCAUCUCAGUUUAUGUAUCUUCAAAUCACGCAGGACAGAGAAAGACUGUCGAGUGGAAGGUGACAAAUCUGUACAACCCUGUGAAGUGUGAAGUGUUUUAGUGAAGGUUGCAUUGCCUCCCCUUCUCUCCAGCCAGGACUCAGAAACUCCCAGUACUUACAGAGUUACUGACUUGGCAUGGCUGCGGUCUUGCUGGUGUCAGCGCUCACCAAUCACCACAACGCACUGGCUUGGAGAAAUGAGUGUUGCAAUGUGUUUUGAUACUACAAACCAACAGCUGAGUAAAGGAUGGUUGUUUUCCUUAAGAGUUGUGUAUAAUAAGACAGAAAAUCAUUUAGCACUCUCUCUCUCUCUCUCUCUCUCUCUCUCUCUCUCUCUCUCUCUCUCUCUCUCUCUCUCUCUCUCUCUCUCUCUCUCUCAUGGUAGAAACAGCUGGUAAAAAAAGCAAUUGUGUUAUUGAGCAGGGAACUGUAUUCAUUUGUUGUAGAGAUGUGACGGUAGUGUUUACGUUUCCUCGCUUUGUUAUCAGAUUGUACUGUCAUGUCCUGGAGAGCGAGUCAGACAGAACUUGAGUGUCAAAGCGUUAUAAUUGAGGCUCUCUAAUACCGUUCAGUGCUCUGAGGAUCUUACUUUUCCAGCCGGCCAAUAGAUCCACAGUCUAGAAUGUUUUGUUAGUGAUUCAACCGCGACUGUUUCCAAGAAGCUCCGCUGGAAGCUACUAGAGUUUUUAAGGGUGUUUUCAUGACUUCAGUGGUCGUUUGACAAAGAAAAGAUGUAAUAGUCUCAAGUGAGAUUUCCAUGGAUGUUUUUGUGAUUCUGGUGAUAAUUUGACAGUUAUGAAAAAUGCAACAGUCUCCAAUAAGGUUUUCAAGGGUGUUUUGGCUCCAAUGAUAGUUUGACAAAGUUAUGAAAGAUGCAACAGUCUCCAGCUGGGAUGUUUUCAAGGGUGUUUUUUAUGAUUCCAGCAAUAGUUAAUAAAACUAGCAAAGGUUUCACUAAGAGUCUCUGAUGGAAGUUGUCAAAGUUUUCAAGAAUAUUUUCAUAAUGAGAGUGAAUGUAAGAAGGGUUCUGCAUCACCGUUCAGACAAAAACACCUUUGAGAACCUGAUUACUUAUUUGCAGAACAUUUGAAGACAGUCGUGGUGAGAAAACAAUGCAUUUCAAAGUACAAGCCCAUGAGAGAGUGAUUCCUAGACACACACACACACACACACACCACAUACACAUCACAGUUUCCAGCAGAGAGAAUAAUGCAUAACUGAUGAGUCUGUCUUGAGGGCUGAGUCUGUAUGGGCAGCUGUGUUACUCUUAAGAUUAUUGGCUUCAUGACACAGAGCUGCACUGAGCCAUCAUUGCACAACACCCACACACUCACCACAGCACACAGCACACAACACUUUCACCCGUACAGUCACACACUCAGCACAAACCCGGUGACAACACAAGGACACGGUGAUAGCAGUAGUGCAAAAAAUAGUUCCCGUAAGUGUGUGUGUGUGUGUGUGUGUGUGUGUGUGUGUGUGUGUUUAAUUAUACUAUACUUCAGGAAACAAUUGUAAUUUUUUGGAGGUCUUUUUAAUGGGGUGAUUUUUAUAUUAUUUAUUAUUAUUGCAUUAUCUUUUUUAUUUAUUUAUUUUGAAUGAGAGGGAAAAUGUUUGAAGUGAAUCCCUAGAAGUCAAUAGUAAUUAUUUUCAAGUUAACAUUUUUUUCAUAAUGCUUGAGUCUUUUUAUUAUUAUUAUUUUUAUUUAUUUAUUUAUUUAUUUAUUUAUUUUUAUUUAUUUUCUUUAAGGCAAAACCUAGAAGUGAAUUUUUUAGUCCAACAAAGGAAAGUGUAUUAAUGAACAGUUGAUUCAGAAAAGAUAUCGCUGAGAAACAUGAGCAAGUUGUUUAUGUGAGUAAUGAAACAUAUUUGUAUCAACUUGUCAUGAAUUAAUGAAAUCCACUUGUGGUGAAAUGAAACUGCAAAGAAAGAAGUGACAAUUUAAUGAGCUCAAAGAAAGCAAGUGAAGGAAAGUAAUGGUUCUCAGAGCCUGAAUGUUGUGUUGAAGCCUUGAACAACGCAGCAUCACGCAGCAGGACAAGACAGGCUGGGAGUGAUGGCGUUCAAUGUGGACUGCACUAAGAUAAUCAAAAAGUGGAAAGCAUCAGAUGGAGAAGUGUUUCCAUUGUGUGGGUUCUUAGUGUGCUUGUCUUGUCACCACCAGUGGCGCUGUACUUCCUCCCCAAGGUGGUGUCUCUCUCCCUGGGUGCUAACAAAGUGUGGUAUUUUUGGCCUGCUGUCACCUCACCACCACACCUUUGGGAAGUAUACAUAUGGUGUAUGUAUAUCACAGUACAGCUUCACUGCAGCAGAGUUCAUUGUUGAUGUAGAAAUACUUGUAGCUCAACCACAAAAUCUUAGACUUUACCAGUACAGUACAAUCCCAUUUCACCGAAUGCCUUUUGGAGACAAACUUGGCUCAGUGUGAGGUGUGAGGGCUGAGUGAGGGAGUGAGUGGUGCAGCUGUGAGGGAGGAUUGGUGUGACUAGUCUCAGCGGUAAUUAAGACAAACUUGUCUCAGUUUAAGGUGUGAGGGCUGAGUGGUGCAGCUGUGAAGAGGAAUGAAGUGACUAGUCUCAGCAGUAAUCAAGACAAGCUUGUCUCAGUCUAAGGUGUGAGGGCUGAGUGGUGCAGCUGUGAGGGAGGAGUAGAGUGGAGUGGUCAGGUGAACCAGAGGUGGAGCAACAAGCCUGGGCAGAGACUGACAGUCUCAACACAGAUGUGGGUGUAAUUUUUUUAGCUUGUAUUUCACCCAUUUUGAUCUUUGUAGUGUACUGAAUGGUGACACUUUGAGUUUGGUAAAGUGGGAUUGUAUUGUAAAGCCAAUUGUUAACUUAUGGUGUUUGUCAUGUGAGUGAAUGAGUGUGUAGCAAUAACUGUGCUUCUCUGUCUCACCCGAGGCAGUUGUCCGGAGGCUCAGGAGUUGACUUUGUCCAAAAUGUGUCUCAUAGACACUAGUGAUAAGGAGUAAUAUAUGAGAUUCCUAUGGAAUUGUCACACAACAUUUCUUUACUAUGAUUUAGUUGUAAAGAUCCACAGUGUUCAAGUAUCCAACACUAAGUACAAGGAAGAAAACAGUUGUUGAUUUUACUGUUCAUUGUAAAGUGUAUCUUGUGCAUGAGGUACUGCACCUGUACUUGGGGAAGGCAGCAUGUCUUGUCCACACCUCACUCUCUGUGUGCUGCACCUCAUGUGUCAGGUGGCUAAGAGGAGGAGGAGGAGGAGGAGAGAACAUUGUGGUGGCUGGCAUUACAAGCAUGGUGUUGUUUGUGGUGAGGCGAGGAGAGGUGUGUGUGUGUUCAGGCUGGCAUUGCCUUGUGAAGGAAGGUGUGUUUAGCAGUGCUGACAGAUCUCAGAGCUUCUUCCUACACUUGAAUCCUCAUGACCUAGCCUAACCUCUUGAACCCCAGUAACUUACCCACACCCUCUCAGAAGUGGCCACACUGGACCACUCUAAGCUGGCCACACCACACCAUCAAUAACUUGGCCACACUUCCCCAUUCAUUAGUGGUCUUCAUUAAGUAUAUGUUUAAUUUUGUAAUGGACUGAUUAUCAUUUUUAUUUACUUAGCCUUAGACAAAGUGCAAUGUUUUGAUAAUAUGACCCAGGAACAAGUUAUGGUGGUUUAUAAUACCCUUCUCUCUCUUACCAUGUCCUGCUUCCCACCAAGGCCUGUAUUCUGAAACAUUUGCUCUCUCACCAUCACUGCUUUCCAAAGGCUUUAGUUGAAGAUACUCAUGUUUUUUAAGGGUAUAUUUAUGGUUCUGGUGUUGGAUUGGCAAGAAUUUUAAUUUAUUAAAAGAGAAACUGUCUUGAAAACCUGGUUAAUCAUCUCUGUGGCUUUGGAAAAUCAUUGUGGUGAGACUGCAAAGUGUUUGUGAGUACAGUCACAAGUCACAAGCUUCACACAUAUUACACAGUACUUAAUUCCCACAGUGCAUCACCUCAACCAAGGGUCUCAAUAUUGAAAUGUUUGUCUUCCAUCUUAAUUCUGCUUUUAAGAGGCCCUAGCAAUAAUCAUUGGGGAUUUUCAAGGAUGUUUUAUGGAUUUGAGUUAAUAGUACAAGGAAUCUAUACCAGUAACAUGACGGAAGUGGAUGUGGGAUUUUAAGGCUGUUUUCUAGAUCUUGGUAAUAGUUAAACAAAGAAUCUAUCUUUUAUUGGGAUUUUCAAACAUGUUUUUUUGUUCAUUUGAUAGAAGACUGAGAUUUUUUAAAGGUGUUUUCAUGAUUGUGUUGAAUAGUUUAGCAAAAUUGAAUGUGUAAUAGACUACUUAGUUGAAGUAAUUGGGGUUUUAAAGAAUAUAUUAAGGAUUUUAGUGAUAGUAACAAGAUUUAGGAAAAAUGACUCCACAACACGCAUGAUUAAGCAUAUGUGGCCUCUAAAGAUAGUUAUGAUGAGAGAACAAAGCAUUUCAAAACCCGCCCCUUUUGGUGGUGGUGGUGGCAAGAGUGAGGCGCUGAGUUGCUUUGCUGGUGUCGGGCAAGAAUUGAUCUGAAAACUGUAGUACCUCUUUAGUUUCAGCCGCUAACUUGGUGAUAGUUAAUCAGUGCACACCAGAUGUAUAUGGAAGAUCUUUCGUAUUAUCAUUAUUAUUUUUUUCUAUAAAAGUUACAUGGAAAAAAACUGUACAAAAAUGGAUUACCACUGUGGAUGUAAUAAUUACCAGAUUUUAUUAUUAUUAUCAUUAUUAUUAUUAUUAUUAUUACUAAAGAGUUGACACUUUUUACUACAAGUAAAGUGAGCAACAUUCCACAAUUUGUAUGUAAUUCAAACGUUUUUUUUUUUUUUUUAAUAAACUAGACCAUUUUA